AUGGAUAUCGCGCUUCCCGGGAGGAUCUUCCGGUCAACCGAAAAGGAUGCCUUCGGUGACAUCGAGGUUGCUUCCGACAGAUACUGGGGUGCCCAGACCCAGAGAUCUUUGCAGAACUUCAAGAUCGGUGGUCCACGUGAAAAGAUGCCAGAGCCAGUUGUGCGCGCUUUCGGUAUCUUGAAGAAGGCCACCUCUAUCGUCAACCAGGCGCAGGGUACCUUGGACGCCACCAUUGCCGGCGCCAUCCAGCAGGCUGCCACCGAAGUCGCUGAGGGUAAGUUGAUUGACCAUUUUCCAUUGGUUGUUUUCCAGACCGGUUCUGGUACCCAGUCCAACAUGAAUGCCAACGAGGUCAUUUCCAACAGGGCCAUCGAGAUCUUGGGCGGCGUGUUGGGCUCCAAGUCUCCAGUCCACCCUAACGAUCAUGUUAACCAGAGCCAGUCCUCUAACGACACCUUCCCCACCGUCAUGCACAUUGCCGCCGUCACCGAGAUCACCCACCACUUGUUGCCCGAAUUAGUUGGGUUGAGGGAUGCUUUAGCCCAGAAGGCUGAGGAGUUCCAGGAUAUCAUCAAGAUUGGAAGAACCCACUUGCAGGAUGCCACCCCGUUGACUUUGGGCCAGGAGUUCUCCGGGUACGUUCAGCAGUUGACCAAUGGUAUUGCCAGAGUCGAGGCUACCUUGCCAAACUUGAAGUUCUUGGCCCAGGGGGGUACCGCUGUUGGUACUGGCUUGAACACCAAGCUCGGGUUCGACGCCAAGGUUGCCGAAGAAGUUUCUAAGUUGACCGGCUUGGACUUCCAGACCGCACCAAACAAGUUCGAGGCCUUGGCUGCCCACGAUGCCAUUGUCGAGGCCUCCGGUGCCUUGAACACCGUCGCGGUCUCGUUGUACAAGAUUGCUAACGAUAUCAGAUACUUGGGUUCUGGCCCAAGAUGUGGGUACGGUGAAUUGUCUUUGCCAGAAAACGAGCCGGGUUCCUCCAUCAUGCCGGGCAAGGUAAACCCUACCCAGAACGAGGCCAUCACCAUGGUCUGCACCCAAGUCUUUGGUAACCACGCCUGCAUCACCUUUGCCGGCGCAUCCGGCCAGUUCGAGUUGAAUGUCUUCAAGCCAGUCAUGAUCUCCAACUUGUUGUCUUCCGUCAGAUUGUUAGGUGACGCCUCUAACUCCUUCAACGUCAACUGUGUCCAGGGCAUCAAGGCCAACAAGGAGAAGAUUGACAAGUUGUUGCAUGAAUCUCUCAUGUUGGUUACUGCGUUGAACCCAAAGAUUGGUUAUGACGCCGCUUCCAAGACCGCUAAGCACGCCCACAAGAACAACUUGACCUUGAAGCAGGCCGCGUUGGAGUUGGGUGUCUUGACCGAGGAGGAGUUCGACCACUGGGUCAGACCAGAGAACAUGAUUGGUCCAAAAUAA